GACACAAUUUUUGCGCUGUGAUUUCUUUAAGAAAACGUUUUAUUUUUCCAUUCGAGUGUCGACGGUGAUAACGCAGUGAGCGGAUUAUGCACAGCUAUUCCGCAUUGCUUUUGUUGUAAUUAAAGUGCAAUUUUGUUGUGUUGACAUUUUUACAAAAAUCGAAAUUCUAUAUAUCCGACCAAAGUGCUCUGAGCAAAUAAAUGGAACCAAAACCGCCGAUAGAUAAGUCGGAAGCUGUCCCCUUAUUAGCACAAAGCGAUCAACUAGCUGGUGAACCACUAAAAAAUAUUAUAAUAUUGCCAAAACAGGGAGGAGUAGAUAGGGCGGAAGAUAAUGUUGAUGGUGCUGCGGUGGCCAGCUCAGCCAAACAAUUUCAAGAAGUGGAGCAGUACUUACAGAAAAAAGAAUCGGAUGUGGACACUGCUUUAAAUAGUGGAAAAGCCGCAGUCGCAGUCCGGCGCUCGGAAUCUUUCAACGAAAUGACACAAUAUGGCAAUGCAACGCCGGACCAAACAUUAGACGGUCAAAAGGCAGUCGACUACGGCCAAGGACAGGCAGGCAGACGAAUGGAGGCAACAGCACCAACAACACCGAGUACAACAGCAGCUGAAAACACUAUAGAUAUAGGUGUUGAAGGUGACGAAGGUCCGGAUGCUCAGGCUGCAGACGGGCAUCAUGAUUACAAAGGUCCCAAAAUCUGGCGCAUUAUCGUCCAACACUGGCCCUUCAUCUCGCAACCGCUGGCGCUGGUGGCCAUCGCCAUCGGCUUAUGGAUCAUCGCUUAUGUGCUGCUGCCCGAAUAUACGCUGCCGCAUAUGCCGAUCAUGCGUAUAUUCUUCCUGUUUGUGGGCGCACAGUUGUCGGGUGUGCUGGUGACCUUCCUGCGCCUGCCGGACAUGCUGGGCAUGCUGUUCUUCGGUGUGCUCUACACGAAUGUGGGUUUGGCCGAUUUCACGGGUUACGAUAAAUUUGAGGCAUUUUUGAGAGAGAUGGCGCUGAUAAAUAUUAUGCUCUUAGCCGGUUUGGGGCUUGAUGCGAGCGCCUUCAAGAAGCUGUGGCUCAUGAUCCUACGACUCACACUCGUGCCCACGAUUGCUGAGGUGACGAUUAUUACAUUGGUCGCAAGAUUUACUUUGGAUAUGCCUUGGUUUUGGGGCAUACUUUUAGGCCUUGUCAUCACCGCAGUCUCUCCGAACGUGGUCGUCACCGUUAUGCUGAAGUUGAAGGAGGAACGGCUGGGCCUGAACAGCGGCAUACACACAUUAAUAUACGCCAUGACCAGCUGCAAUGACGUCGUUGCGAUUUUUCUCUUCGGCGUCUUUAUGAGCGUCAUCUUUUCCACGGAUAAAUCGUUGACGGAGCAAAUACUGCAGGGACCCAUUGGCAUUUGUAUUGGCAUUGUGUUUGUUAAAGUUUAUGGAUUGAUGCUGACCAUUUUGCCCUCAACAAAGACGGUAUACCUAAACGGAUUGCGUUUUAUUUUGACCAUCUUGGGCGGCACAAUAGCGGUGAUGGGCAGUCGAGCCAUCGGUUAUCCCUCAGCUGGGGCACUCGGCUGCAUGACGAUCGCAUUUUUUGCGGGCAUCGGCUGGAAACGUCAGCAGCGGCAGCUCACGGCGCAGCAACGUCUACGUCAGUUGGAGAAUGAAAAUGCGACGGUGCCGGCGCGUCUUGACCUAUUGUGGAAAUUCCUGAAGCCUGUCUCCUUCUCGCUCAUCGGCAAAGAAAUUAAUUUCGCCGUUUUGGAUGGCCGUGUCGUCGGCUACGGUGCACUGCUGGUGCUGCUCGGAAGUUUGUUCCGUUUGGUCUUCGCCUACCUGUCGACCUAUGGCGGCAACCUGACGCGCAAGGAACGCGCCUAUAUUACAAUUUCCGGUUUUCCCAAAGCAACUGUCCAAGCCGCGCUGGGUCCACUCGCCUUGGAUAUGGCCAGAUCAUUAAAAACGGUCGAUGAGCAGAGCCUCGCCUUGGCCAACAAUGUGCUUAUCAUUUCGGUGUUAGCCAUCAUCUUCACCGCGCCGCUGGGAGCAGUGCUCAUGUUGAGAUUAGCGCCGCAUUGGUUACAACGCAGCGAAAGCGCUGCUGGCGGCAGUAACAACAACAUCGAUGGCAAUGUAAAUGGAAAUGAGUACAAGAAGAAGCGGCUCAGCGAUGGCAGCAGCCUUGGUGAUGCGGUAAAUUACACGCAAAAAGUCGCGCAGAGUCUCAGCGGAGCGCGUGGUAAAACCGAGCACAACAGUAGCAACAGCCUCAACGUCAUGGCAGCGGUUGAUGAGUCCAGCGCUGUGGGUAAGGAGACGCGCAUUGAUGUGGGUGCCACCUCCGUGGCGCGUACACCGCUGCCGGUGGCGAAGACGCCACAGCACUUGGUUUGAAGCCAAUUAACAAUGCGGAUAAGUUGGCGCCUCGCCUGGCCAACAGUUGUUGGAUGGUCAGCAGUUGUGUUUGUAUGUGUAUGUGAUGUUGACGUUGUGGCAUUAUGGCGUUAUCUUUGGCGGAGAUUUGCGCGUGCGUUUGUGCGUAGGCGGCAUUUAAACACAAAAAUAUAUGCGAAGAAAUACUUUAAAGUGAAAAAUUUUAGCGUCUAAGAUUGGAAUAUUAUUUUUGUCGCAUGUAUAUAUAUUUAGUGGCUUAAUAUUAAUACUUACAGUGACUUAACAAUUACUUAAUUCCGUAGAAAAUAUAAGUGAGUUUUUAGAUUGGCGUGUCCUCUGAUGUUUUACUUAAUUUUUUGUUUCAGUUUUAAGAUAAAAAUACUUAAUGGAAUACUAAAAGCUGUAAAUAAAGCGAAUAUUUUUUAUAAACUUA